AUGGCCACCGGCCCCGCGCUGCUUCGCCCCCGCCGGAGCCCUCUGCGGCUGCCGCUGCCGCCCCUUGCCUGCGCCGCUGGCCUCGACCCGGCCUCCCGCAACCCUCCCCGCUCCGACCGUCCUCGCCGGCCCCGCCCGCAGCCCUUGCUCGAAAGGCAUCGCACGCCCGCCGCCCGCCCAACAGGCACACACCCCGCCGCUGCCCCCUGCCAUGCUCGACGCUGCGCCAUCACCCGCACGUCCGCUCACCUGCUCGCCACUCCGCCACUGUCUGGCCCCCUGCUUCGUCCCUCGCCGCCACUGCCGCGCCUCCCGGACCCCCUGCUGGCCGCGCCAUGGCCGGCCCCAAUGCACCGCGCGACCCCGCCACCACCUCCACCGCUGCAGCUUGCGCACGCCGCCGCACGCCUCACCUCCGACGCCUGA